UAAUCGCAGUAGAAAAAGAAACAAAUGGAAGGUUAAAGCCGACAGUGGCAAACCCUCUCUCCCCUCCCUCCCUCUCUUUCUCUCUCCUCCUUUCAUCUCCUUUUGUGUUCUGAGCUGUAGAGCUGCCAUCAAAGUAUAUGGUUCUUGAUCCAAGUCGGGAAGAGCAGUAAAAGAGAGGGGAAAAGAAAUUAAAAGGAAGACCACUGUGAUAUAGCUGAUGGGAGCUGCAGCGGACUUCGGCGCACUGUUGAUUUCUUUCUUGUUUGUUUGAAAUUUUGUUGUCGGUUAUGUGUUUUUUCUCUGGAGUGCUUCCAAAUUUGUUCGGCUCCGUAUAGUUUUUUCAUCGUUGUGCUGCUUGGGUUCUGGAUGGAAGAUCGUCUUCUGGCUCGCACGGUUCGGAAGUAGGAGCUGCGUGUUGCUCGGAGGAAAGCUGGGUUCGGCUGGAAAGGGGUACUAAAUUUUGAGUUGAUUGAAGAGGAAGAGGGAGUGGUUUUGGAUUUUGACGUGUUUGGGUGUAGAUAUGAUGGCAUUUUUAGCAGGGGAGAGUAAACCCGUUUGUAUCAGGUGGAGCGUCUGUGCUAAAGGUUUAAGGAGUUGCUGAGGAAAACGGGCAACUAGGUUUACUUCUUCUGCAUCCGUAGUAUUCAGCGUCCGUUAAGAUGAGGCUUUCGUCAUCUUCGUUGUCUUCUUCGGAUUUAACCCAACUACCGCAAGAAGGUGAACAAAGGUGUUUGAACUCUGAGCUGUGGCAUGCAUGUGCUGGUCCUCUUGUUUCGUUGCCCUUGGUAGGAACUCGUGUGGUGUAUUUUCCACAAGGCCAUAGUGAGCAGGUAGCUGCAUCCACAAACAAGGAGAUUGAUUCCCAUAUUCCAAAUUAUCCAUCUCUGCCUCCUCAGUUAAUUUGCCAACUCCAUGAUGUUACAAUGCAUGCUGAUGUUGAGACUGAUGAGGUCUAUGCUCAAAUGACUUUGCAACCACUUAAUCCGCAAGAGCAAAAAGAUCCAUAUCUCCCUGCUGAAUUGGGUGCAGCAAGCAAACAGCCAACCAACUAUUUCUGUAAAACACUGACUGCAAGUGACACCAGCACUCAUGGAGGAUUUUCUGUUCCACGUCGAGCAGCUGAAAAAGUCUUUCCUCCAUUGGACUUUUCUCUGCAGCCUCCUGCACAAGAACUGAUUGCUAGAGAUCUGCAUGGAAAUGAGUGGAAAUUUCGUCACAUCUUUCGAGGCCAGCCAAAGAGACAUCUCCUCACAACUGGAUGGAGUGUCUUCGUAAGUGCAAAGAGACUUGUUACAGGAGAUUCUGUCCUUUUUAUCUGGAAUGAAAACAAUCAGCUUCUUCUUGGCAUCAGGCGUGCCAAUCGCCCACAAACAGUAAUGCCUUCAUCAGUUAUUUCAAGUGAUAGCAUGCACAUAGGUCUUCUUGCUGCAGCUGCUCACGCUGCUGCUACCAAUAGUCGGUUUACUAUAUUUUAUAACCCAAGGGCAUGCCCAUCUGAGUUUGUUAUACCACUAGCAAAGUAUAUUAAAGCAGUCUAUCAUACUCGUGUUUCGGUGGGUAUGAGAUUUAGAAUGCUCUUUGAGACUGAAGAGUCAAGUGUGCGAAGAUACAUGGGCACAAUCACCGGCAUAAGCGAUCUGAAUCCAGUGCACUGGCCAAGUUCUCAUUGGCGUUCUGUCAAGGUUGGCUGGGAUGAAUCAACUGCUGCUGAGAGACAACCAAGGGUAUCCCUUUGGGAAAUUGAACCUCUAACUACAUUUCCAAUGUAUCCCUCUCCUUUCUCUCUCAGGCUUAAGCGUCCAUGGCCUCCUGGGCUUCCCCCUCUUUAUGGCGGAAACAUUGGUGAUUUGGGACUGAAUUCUGCUCUGGCAUGGCUUCGAGAUAGUGGGAACCUGGGGGUGCAACCAUUGAAUUUUCAGGGAAUCGGAGUUUCGCCUUAUAAUAAUUCAUCACUUGGACUGAAGCCUGAUAUUUACCAGGCUACGACUGUAGAGGCUAUUCAAGAUAUGAGGCCCAUUGAGCCCUUGAAACAGGUUCCUACCAGCAUUCAGUUUCAGCAUACUCCGAGCAUCAUUAACAGACCCAACAAUUUACAAUCAAAUCAAGCUCUGCAGCAGCCUCAGUCACAACAACCUUUUGUUCAAAAUUCUCAAGAAAACCAUGGCCACAACCAUACCCCAUCAGGCUUUUUUCACCAGCAAGUGCAGCAAUGCCAAUCAUUUGGUGAUCAACAGCAGCAGUUAAAACAAAUCCAACAGAAUCCUCACGUCCAGAGGCAGCAACAGCAACAGCAGAAACAAUUUUAUGAUCAGCUAAUUUCUGGUAUUAUGCUGGGCCAGACGAUGCAGCCAUCAGUAUCUCAAUCCCAGUCUCCAACAUUACAAAAAAUUUCUUCAAUUUCACAACCUCCGAGCUUUCCUGAUUCCAACGGCAACUAUGUCUCCACAUCUGUGACAUCAUCACUGAACGGUUUCUUGCAGCCAUUUUCAUACGAAGAAUCAUCAAACCUUCUUAGUUCCCCGAUGACUAGCCCAUGGUUGUCUAAACAAACUGCACUUGACCCAUUACUGCCAUCAGGAGUUCAAUGUGUUCUGCCGCAGGUGGACCAGUUUAGUUCUCUUUUUCCUGAUAUUUCGCGAGAUACUACGAUGCUAGCACCAUUUCCAGGUAGAGAAUGCUCCAAUAACCAUGGUGUAGAUCCCCAACACCUCCUUUUUGGUGCAAAUUUGGAACUUUCACCACUAUUGGUGCAGAAUGGAGUGCCUGGACUUAGGAGUAUAGGAUGUGAGUCUAAUACAGCUAGAGUGUCCCAUGCUGCAACUAACUUUUUGAGCACAAAUGAAGUGGAUUUCCAACUAAAUCAAGCACUUACCAGUUCUGGUGGGUUAGAGGAGUCAGGACUUUUGCACUCUCCGGAUAACAAUGGCCAGGAGAUUUCACAAAAUGGAACCUAUGUGAAGGUUUAUAAAUCAGGCACCUUUGGAAGGUCACUGGAUAUCACCAGAUACAAUAGCUACCCUGAGCUACGAAGUGAGCUUGGGCGCCUUUUUGGGCUUGAUUUGGAGGACCCUUUGAGAUCAGGCUGGCAGCUUGUAUUUGUCGACAGGGAGAAUGAUGUUCUUCUUGUCGGCGAUGAUCCCUGGCCGGAGUUUGUGAACAAUGUGUGGUGCAUCAAGAUACUCUCCCUACAGGAAGUGCAGCAAAUGUCAAAGCAAGGUGUUAACCUCAUAAACUCUGCGCCGCUGAGAAGGCUUUCUACUGGAAGCUGCGACAACUACAUUGCUCAGCAAGAAUCUAGAAAUCUGAGCUCCGAGAUAAUGCCCGUGGGCUCUCUGGACUAUUGAGCCUUGCUAUUUCUCUUUAAACCUUUGUUGUGUUUUCAUUAUCCUCUGUGUUUAUGAGGCGAGGCUGAAGACAUCGUAAGUUAUGUUUGUGUAUCUCCAAUAACUGUAUUGUAUCUUCAGAAGACUCCCCUUUUGUAUACUUUUAAGACUUGAUUUAUCUAAUUUACUUAUGGUAACUGUCUUUAA